CCAACUCACAUAUCACACACCUCGACCGGCAAACUGAUGAUCAACUCCUUCUUCCACUCCCGCGCGUCUCCUCUUCCCGCCUCUUCUUCCCCACGCUGCGAUUCCCGAGCUGACCGGCCGGCGGCGACAUGUUGGGCGAGCUCAUCUCCAAGGUCCUACUGGUGCUGUUCGGGUACGCCAUGCCGGCGUUCGAGUGCUUCAAGACGCUGGAGACGCGACCCGACGACGCGCACAUGCUCCGCUUCUGGUGCCAGUACUGGAUCAUAGUGUCCAUGGUGAUAGCUUGUGAGAGCUUCGUCUCAUGGAUGCCAAUGUAUGGAGAAAUUAAGCUAGCUUUCUUUGUUUAUCUGUGGUAUCCCAAAACGAAGGGCAGUGAUGUGGUGUAUGACUCCUUCAUUCGGCCUACAGUGAUGCAAUACGAACCAAAUAUUGAGCAGAGGCUUGAGCAUCUUAGAGCUAACUCUGGCCAGCUGAUAGCAUUCUACAUCAAGAACUUCGCUGACAAAGGGACAGCUUUCUUCAUGGACUUCCUGCGCUAUGUUGUUUCUGAAAGACCUGAAGCAGCAGCAAAUUCAGAGCCGCAGAGGAGCAGUUGGUCGAGUUGGAACCCCUUCGCCAGCCGCCGGCAGGAGCCAUCUCCGCCGCCGUCGGCGCCGCCGCGGGAGCGCAGGUUCAGCGGCGCCGACCCCGACGACGAGCCACCGGCCAUUGCUGACGUUUUCCGCGCUUCCCUCGGCGGUGGCGCCAUGAACCGGCGACCGCACAACAACAACAACAACUAAAUGGCAUGAAUUAAGGAGCCAAAAUUAAGCUUGCAUUGCACCAUCCAUUCAAGAUGGUGACCCGUGUAUAUUGCGUAAAUACUACUCCCUCCGUUUCGACUUUGGUCAAAGUUAAACUACUUCAAUUUUAAUUAAGUUAUAGGCAAAUAUAGUAAUAUUGAUAUUAUCAAAUUAGUUUUAUUAAAUCAAUAAUUAAAUAUAUUUUCAUAAUAAAUUUGUCUUGGGUUGAAAAUAUUGUUGUUUUUAUAAACUUAAUCAAAUUUGAAGCAGUUUAACUUUGACCAAAGUUGUCGUGUAACCUAAAACUGUUACUACUACAUAGUGAAUGGAUCAAAAUCAAACGUCAAGUCGUCAACGAAAAAGCAACAGAAAAAGAGAAGAAAGAAACAGAGCAGAUAGUAGAAGCAAUCCAAUGUGGAAUGGAUCAAAUUAAGAACAGUUAUGUAUGAACUAUGAAGCAUAGUGUGAUGGUGAGAGAGUUUUUCUUUUUUUUUCC